UUGCUCCCAACACGGUCGUAUUGUCAAGAAUGGCAUAGAUUAUCGAACCACGGACAUUCCAACGGCAACGGUCAUCUUGCUGUUUUCGUUUCGCUCUCCCACCAUCUCCCUCUUUUCCUCUUUUUCUUGUAGUUUGGGCGCUUCUCCUUAACUUGUAAGAACAAGAGACUAGAGAGCAUCGUUAUGGUGGUCGAAGCGAAGCGAAGCUAUGAGGAAUGCCGCCGACAGAGGCUGGAAGAGAACAGGAAGCGAAUGGAAGAGCUCAAUCUGGGCAGGCUCGCCCAAGCUCUCAAGGCCUCCAGCCCUAAACCCUCUCCGAUGAAGCAGGCGAAGCGACCUACGCAGCCUGUGGACCCCUCUUCCGUGCGGGUGAGAAGAUCGAGCCGCGUCGCUAGCAAGCCCCCUCCCAACUACAAGGAAGUCCCAAUUGAACCUUGGGGGAGGGCUGGGAGGCCCAGAAGGAGCUACCAACGAAGAGAUCUGUUGAAUAGAUUUUAUGCUUCAGAUGAAGCACGGCAAGAUGCAAUUGAGAGAGCAGAACAAGUUGAAUUGGGCCUGGGAUCUGACUUCCCCACUUUUCUGAAGCCCAUGCUCCAGUCACAUGUCACUGGUGGAUUUUGGCUGGGCCUGCCUGUCCAGUUCUGCAAGAUGCAUCUUCCCCACAAGGAUGAAAUGAUUACUUUAGUAGAUGAGGAUGGCAAUGAGUUUCCAACAAAAUAUCUUGCUAAAAAGCCUGGUCUUAGUGGUGGUUGGAGAGGGUUUGCUAUUGAUCAUCAGCUAGUUGAUGGGGAUGCAUUGGUGUUUCAGUUAAUUAAGCCUACCACGUUCAAGGUGUUCAUUAUUAGGGUAUCUGAGUUAACAGAUAAUGAAGAAAAUGACACGAACUCAGAUGUCUCGCCCUUGGACAGGAGUACCAAAAGAAUCAAACCCAGCACAAAGUAGUAUUUACACUUGAUGUCUUAGUGGAUUCUUCUAUUUUGCUCAAAGAAAAAGCUGCGGUACAAUUAGGAUUCACCACUUCUUCUAAUGUAACUAACGUAGGGUUCAUCAUUGUCGAGGCUUUUCUCCAACUCUGUUUAGAGAAUAGUUGUUGUCCUCUGAAAAAUAUUUUCUUGUGGUUAGCCUGGCUUGAUAAUGGAAUGUAAUGAACCAUACUAACGACAUUGAUGGCGUGGGAUUGAAGCUUACUACGUUAUUUCUUAAGAAAUUGCAUUUCUUUCUUUUCCGAUAAAA